AUGGCUGAAAUGGCUAUUCCUGAACAACGACGGAAAUGGUGGCAGAUACAAUGGUUCGCAAAGAGCGAUACCAAAGAGGAAAGGCGACUCAUCCUCAAGCUGGACUUGCUUAUUGUUCCUUACGCGUUUCUGGCAUAUUGGACCAAGUAUAUUGACCAGGCGAACAUCAACAAUGCCUACGUUUCUGGCUUGAAGGAAGACCUCGGUUUCCAUGGGAAUGAGCUCGUCCAGCUACAGACUAUGUACACUAUUGGUGCUGUGCUUGGUCAAUUGCCCUUUGCAUAUUUGUUCACCAAACUUCCAAUGUCAUGGAUUAUCCCAUUCAUGGACGUUGCAUGGGGUAUUUUCACGCUGGUCCAAUAUCGUGCUACUUCAUUCGCCGAAUUGGCGGCGUAUCGCUUUAUGGUUGGAUGGUUUGAGGCGGCCUUCUUCCCUGGAAUGCACUAUAUUUUCGGCUCAUGGUAUCGAAGCGAUGAGAUUGCUCGCCGAGGUGGAUGCUUCUACGUCGGCCUAACACUGGGUACUCUAACUGCAAGUCUCAUUCAAGCAGGGGCAUCAAGCCGACUAGACGGAGUCAACGGGCUCGCAGGUUGGAGAUGGAUGUACAUUAUCUGUGCGAUAAUCACCAUUCCCGUCGCCAUCCUGGGCUACUUCAUCCUUCCAGGAACACCGGACAAGCCGAACAAACUCAUUCUGAAGGAGAAAGAUGUGCAGCUCGCCAAGGCUCGCCUGGAGCGCGCGUCUCACACAAUCAAAGAGGAUCCGCUGACAUGGCGUACGUUCGUCAAGGUCAGUCGCAACUGGAAGUUCUGGGCCCUACUUUGGGUGGACAUCUUCUUUUGGAAUGCUUGUAUCAAUACCUCGGCUGGUGGUUACCAAUUAUGGCUCAAAAGCCUGAAGCGAUUCUCGACAAGUCGACUCAACGAACUCGCGGCCAUCUCUCCGGCUCUGGGUAUUUUCUACACGCUUUUCGUGUGCUUCGCCUCAGACUUGAUACUUGGACCGGCUUGGGCAAUCACCGUGUCUCAUCUCUGGAAUAUCAUCGGUCUUACAAUCCUGGUCGUCUGGAAAGUACCCGAGUCUGCACUCUGGUUCGCCUUUUUAACAACUUACUCCGCGGUCGCUAUGUCGAGUGUUUUGUACGGGUGGAUCAAUAGUCAGAUGCGUUAUUCACCAGUUGAACGGUCUUUGACGCUUAUCAUUGUCAAUACUGUGGCGCAGUCAACGACUUGUUGGACUCCGUUGCUGGUGUUCAAGACGGUCGAGGGCCCGCGCUUUACGAAGGGAUACUCGUUUGUCCUUGCAAAUGCGAUCUGUCUGAUCGUCCUGUCACAUGUUGUCCAAUAUUUCAUCAAGAAGGAGGAGAAAGCCAAGGCCAGAGGGUGCAGUAUCUCGGUUUCGGACAGCGCGGACGAUUCGAGCAAUUUGGAGUCUGGACCACAACAGACCUAUGUUGUCGGAAGUACGGGUAAUCUACGAAAGAUCCAAGGCCUUGCAGUCUGCUCCUUGAGUCUAACAUUAGACAUUGAAGCUAUCGACGUGCCCGAGACUCUUGUCACGGUCUUAUUCUACUUCGAAUUAUACUUCCAGGGUAAAUAA